CUGCCCUGCCCAAGUUUGCUGCUCCCACCCGUACACCCGUACACCUGCUACAUCUACUGCAUCCAUCCAUCCAUCCAUCCAUCCAUUCGUCCUUCAAAGCGCACCAUCGGUUGGCUACAAACUGCUUGCUCCCAGCUUCCACCAACCAUGGCGUCGGCUCAGACACCAGAGGCACGAGAGUUGGCCUUGGUUGGAAAGGUGGAGAUGCGCAUAGCCCUGGCUGAUUCCGAUAAGAAGUUGGAAGACCUCUUGAAGCUCUACCUAUCCCCUCUGCUUCUCAAACUCAACUCGGAUAGCAGAUCUGUGAGAGACAAGGUCAUUUCCAUCUGCCAACAUGUCAACACCCGCAUAAAGCCGCAUGAAAUCAAACUUCCCGUCGCCGCGCUCCUCAAACAGUUCAAAGAGAAUGCAAACGUACCCCUCAUUCGUCACUUCGAUAUUUUGUACAUCCAGCAAGGAGUUUCCAGGCUUCCCGUCACGGAACGACUCGAGUUGCUGCCAGUCUUGGUACAGGGCAUCUCCAUCGACUACGAAAAGUCGCCGCAGCAUGCUUCACAGCUGUUCCAUCUUACUCUGCGGCUGUUGAUGCACUUCAAGCUUCCUUUAAGGGGAAGCAAGGAUGAUGAUAAUUUGAGGUCGACCCUUAACCUUGAUGACAGGGACGCCCUCUUCUUGUCCGAGUGGUUUGGAAAAUUACUUCUUCUGACCGUUGUCCACCAGGGUGCCCCCGACACUACGAGCUCCCAAAAGUGUCCUGGACUCUCUAGCGAAGACUACAAGCUCCUGACCUUACAAGGAAAACCCGAUGCUUGGGAUUCCAGUGCUGAUUCUGGCCUCAACUUGAAUGAAACAAAGGCCCUUGUUGCCCGUUUUCUUGCCAGUGGUUUGUUCACAGAUGACGAGAAAUUCCUGCCGGCGCUCUUCGCGUCUGCCGAUACAAACUCACGCAUAUCCGAAGUGGGCGAAGAUACCUACAAACGGACGGUUAUUUCCAAGGAUCUAGAGGACAACAGCGUGAUCGAUGCACUCCUCAAGUUGUAUCUUGGAACGGAUAAACCAGAGGGCCCCCUGCCGGUCAAGACACCUCUACGAAUCAGAAUACUGGGCGUGUUAUCCAAGUCGGUGGCAUUCACAGCGCAUCCUAAAGAAAUAGCCAGAAUAGUCGAGGAAGGAUUACUAUCUGUUCAAUUUAACCCGAUAGGCAAAUCGACAGCGGGAAGGGAAGCUUCAAAAUUUCGAUCGGCUAUCUUUGCCAUGGUCAACUUCGUUGCCCGAAGAGGCUCCCCUGAACACCUAUCACGCAUUGCUGAAGGUCUUGUCGGUAACUUGCGAGCAUUCCUUCAAGACCAAGGUUGGCCCACGCCGGAUCGAGACCAAGACAUGGAACUGCGCGGAUAUGGAUACGAGACGAUUGGUUUGCUUGCCAAAGCUGUACCGGAAAAAAUAUUACUCGAGCCUACUCUAGACCUCCUCAGUUGGCUGUUCCGUUCGUUGCGUGAAGAUGCGUCUGGCAAAGAUGUUGCCGUUAGUAUAGAAGAAGCUCUCUCUUCUGUCUUGAGUGUGUUCACUAAGCCGUUCAACGAAGCCCUGAAGCCCAAGUUUCGACAACUACUACUCAAGUACUCGGCUUCUAGUCAAUCUGCACAGAACAACAGUUCUCCAGCAGCCAUCCGAAAUACAAACUACGUUGCAACUAGAUUCGCUAAUCGAUGUCUCCCAUACGAUGACGUCCUGGCACGUUGGAUCGACAUCCUAGCCGCCAGUGGUGGCACGAGGGAGCGGCACGAGGUCGUAGAAGAAGGCAAGAAAGGUUUGGAUCCAUAUUGGUUUGAUAUAUCAAACUCAAUACCCGGAUCUAGGAGUGAUCAUAACCCAUUGUCGUUUCCGAACUUCGAUGAAUUAGUAGAGUUUGUUUUUGUUCGACAAGGAGAUGAAAACGACGAUGUCAUGAUGGAUGAUUAUGACGCGGUCAAGCAAACUCACCGGUUCCACCAACGCUAUCCCAAUGCACUUACCACUGUAAUCAAGUUUACUUCCGAGGUCGCUAUACACACUGCCUUACAAAGUAAAGAAAUACCCGAACAGCUGUCAGAAGACUGGGACCGAAAAUUGCACACUCGUAUUGCAACAGAUCUCCGCGCUCGUCAAGCUUUCCGGUCCUUUGCGGCUCUCGAGGCUCAUGAACUUUCGCUUGCCACUGUUAUUCGAGCUAGCUUCGACAAAAUCACAAGAGACGAACUAAGUGACAUUGGAGACGUUGGAAGCAACUUCGUUCGCUUGCUAUCGUUAUGCUCCGGUAGUGUCUGGAAAACCGCCAAGUUACUGCAAGAAGUGCGUGCAUUGGAGCCUUCUAUAUUGGCCAAUGACCCCAGUCGGCGCGAAGCUGCUGCGCAUGCUUUUGGUAUACUUGCCUCUCAUCCAGAUUGCAGCCCUGAGCUCGUCGAACAAUCCAAAUCUUCAUUGUUUAGCAAGGUCAAGGCAUGGUCGUCUGCCGUGGGUGGCGAUAUCAACUCAAUUCACGGUGCCAUCAUUGCGUUAGGCCACUACUUCAGUCGACUACAUUGGAGACAAACCAAUGAUGUUGCUGAGACGGAUCAAGUUCUUCCACUGCUGCAAAUCAUACUUGAUAUCUUACGCGAUUCAAAAGAUUCUACCUUGAAAGAAGCAGCUCUGGUUUGUAUUGAUUUAUUGAGUCUCUUCCACGUUAUCACGCCUUCAAUCAUAUCCAAAUUCUCCAAAUUCGAGAGUGUUGUGUCGCACGUGUAUGAGUCUGCCAAGGGAGGCUCGAUUCAUGCCAUAACAGCUCUCGGUCAUUUGUCUAUGAUUGUCGAUGAAAGCGCAGAGAUCGAAACAACCGACUAUACAAUUGUUGCUGAUAAGCUCUACGAUCUUCACGAAGUAAGACAGCCUGAAGUCCAAUUUUCUAUCGGCGAAGCAUUAAGCUGCUUCGCAUGCGGUUGGGAAUCAAAAGCUCUGACGGCACAACUUGAUGUUGAGCAUCCGGAACAGCAACACGAGCCAUGGGACACGCUUCCUUUGACGCCUACCUCGGCGAAGCGUGACAAGACUCUGGCAGUCAUUCUCGAGAAGACACUCAAAGGCUGUCGGCAAACCAAACCGUCGCUUAAAAAGGCAUCUGCUAUAUGGCUUCUCUGUUUGUUGCAGUACUGCGGGCAGAAACCUGAGAUCCAGCAGUAUUUGCCGCAGUGUCAAACAGCGUUCAAGCUUUGCCUGUCAGACAGAGACGAAGUCGUUCAAGAAGCUGCAUCUCGGGGGCUUGGCCUUGUAUAUGAAAAAGGCGACCGCCAGCUCAAAGAUGACUUGGUCCGUGACCUUGUUGGGUCGUUCUCUGACAACAAGUCGAAGAUGUCUGGUACAGUCACAGAAGAUACACAGCUUUUUGAGCCUGGAGCCUUACCUACAGGCGAUGGCUCAAUAACUACCUACAAAGACAUUCUCAGCCUGGCAUCCGAGGUAGGAGAUUCAAGUCUCGUCUAUCGCUUCAUGUCACUUGCAUCAAACAAUUCAAUAUGGUCCAGUCGAGCAGCAUUCGGGCGUUUUGGCCUGAGCAAUAUAUUCUCUGAUUCCAGUGUGGACGGAUAUCUUGCAGAAAACCCAAAAUUGUAUCCAAAGCUUUUCCGCUACAGAUUCGACCCCAAUCCGAACGUCCAGAGGUCGAUGAAUGAUAUUUGGAAUGCCUUGGUGAAAGAUUCAUCAGCAACCAUUGACAGGUAUUUUGAUGCUAUCAUGGAUGAUUUGUUGACCAGCAUUUUGACCAAGGAAUGGCGUGUCCGUCAAGCCUCUUGUGCCGCCAUUGCUGAUCUAGUGCAAGGGAGGAACGUUGACAAGUAUGAAAAGUACCUAGGCGAUAUCUGGGACAAAUGCUUCAAGGUGCUCGAUGACAUCAAGGAAUCUGUCAGAGCUGGCGCAUCUUCCCUUGCCCGCGUACUUACUGGUACCCUCACUCGCUCACUUGAAGCUGGAGAUUCAGCAUCGAAGACUGCAAACGCCAUGCUGUCACGUGUUUUGCCUUUUCUCUUCUCAUCUUCCGGUCUUGAGUCCAGCGCAGAGGAAGUCCGGUUAUUCGCCGUUCAAACACUUCUUAAGAUUGUCAAGAAAAGCAAUGCUAAGACGUUGAACCCUCAUGUCCCCGAGCUCAUCGAACGUUUGCUAGGCCUAUUGAGCUCGCUUGAACCGGAGGCUGUCAACUACAUCCACCUGAACGCAUCAAAAUACAACUUAACCGAGCAGAAAAUAGACGACAUGCGUCUACAGAGCGUUCGGUCGUCGCCGUUGACAGAAUCUAUCGAACGAUGUCUUGAUCUUGCGGAUGCGGAGACCAUGCAGAAACUCGUACCUUGUAUAGAAUCUGCGAUGAAGAAUGCCGUUGGCUUACCGUCCAAAGUCGGUUGCUCGAGAAUUCUCGUAACGCUCAGCACAAGGCAUAAUUUUGUGUUCAAACCUUACGCAGAUUCUUUUCUCAAGCUUGUCCAAAAAUACGUUCACGACCGAAACAAUACGGUUUCCUCAUCGUACGCGGCAGCGGCAGGAUACAUCGCACGACUUGCAUCUGACAAGCAGCUUCUUGCUACUGCCGCCUUUUGUCAGAAACUGUAUUUUGAAUCCGACGAUGACAAAAGCAGACUCACUGCCGGAGACAUUGUACUUUCCAUCUCGAAGAACGCCACCGACCGCUUUACGUCACUGUCUUCGGAUCUCCUACCUUUCAUCUUUCUAGCCAAGCACGACACGAACGAUCAGGUGAAACAGCUUUUCAAGGAUACAUGGUCUGACAACGUCGCUGGUAGUCGCGCGGUGCUACUGUAUCUGAAAGAGAUUAUAGGACUCGCCGAGAAGCACCUUGAGAGCCAACGAUGGGUCCUCAAACACACAGCCGCCAAAACUAUUGCUGAUACCAUCAUGUCUACGACCACGGAUAGCAGUAGUAGCGCGUCUCUCAGUAAGGCGGAUGCUGAAACCAUCUGGCCAGCGCUAGACAAAGCGAUGGGCGGCAAAACCUGGGACGGCAAAGAAUUUGUGCUUGAAGCGUUUGUGCGAUUUGUAGACAAGGGCGAUGAUCUGUGGAAAGAGGAGCCCAAGGUCGCCAAGCAGAUUGAGAAGGUAGCUGUGCGCGAGGCGAAGAGACAGAACCAAACGUACCGACCUUUUGCGCUUGAUGCUCUCGGGCAAAUAUGUGUCCUGAGGACUGAUUUGGAACUUUCGAAUACGGUACUUGACUUGGGCAAGAGCAUUUUGGAUGAUGUACUUGCCGGAGAUGAAGAUGGUAGCGAAAAAAUGGACGUGGAUGGCGGGGAAAUCAUGAAGGAUGUGACGUUAAAGGAAAAAACCCUCUCUUCCGUCGUUACCCUUCUCUUGUCGUCGCUAAACCCCACGAAAUUGUCGUCGCCAAACCUGACCGCCCACCUCCGCAACGCUCUCGCGCUUGCCGUACGGGCGAACUCGACCCGCGCGCGAAACGUACACCUUGCAACAUUCACCUCUCUACACGCUCUCUUUGCGCGCUUGAGUGCACAGGCGACAGCAGCAGAGGGAAACAAGACUGUUUCUGUAGGCGACGACGUGAAAGCUAAGGAGAGUCUGGAGAAGCUGUUGUUUGAUGCGAGCUUCGAGGGGCUUCCCGAGGCGAUGCGGAUGAAAAGGGCAGAAGCGAUUGUUGAAACUAGCAAGGUGGAUGGAUGCGGAUGGCUUGUGGAGAAGGUGAAGCCCGAGAUGGACGGUGGGGAGAGGAGCGCUGGGGUCCGAGCAGUGUUGGGCAAGGCUGGGGGGAAAUGAUGACGGCAGUGUUGAUACAUGCAUACAUAUGUAUCUACAUGGGUAUAUGUAGAUAGCAGAGAGCAUGGAGAAAUCAGCGACUGGGAUGUGGGUGCAUUGAUUUUGAUUUUGGAUUGUUCGCCUCCCAGUCAGCAGCUGCAUCUUAAUUUACACGCGAUGAUGUCAGUGACAAAGGUGCGUGUGUUGUCUAGCAUGGCUUGGGCGUCGGUGUGCUCUCUUCCAUCACUGCGGUGGGACGGGAAAGGACUCGGCCGAGUCCUGUCCCGAAUUGCCGUGUACCUGCCUCGCCGAACGUGCGCGGC